AUGGCAUAAAAUAUUUUCUAUUUUUCUUCUAUGAAUGUGCAAUAAAAUAUUCACUUAGUCAUUCAGCCAAACGACGAGCCUGAAAACUCCAAAAUAAGAAAGGAAUGUUAAAAAUUUCAUAACAACAACAAAUAACUACUAAACCCAUAUGUGACAAAAUAUCCAUUAAGUUGAGUGGAAGAAGUCAAUUAAAAAAAAAAGAAAGAAGAAAAAAAAGUGUAAAGCUGAUUUAGUGUCGGAAUAAAUAAAACAAAGGGUCUCCUUACCAAUAACGACCACCCUUGUUUAACUGCCAACCGCUUAUGUCAUAUCAAGAGAGCUAUCAUUACACAUGUUGUUGAAACAAGGAAAGACAAAAAAAAUCAACAUUGAAUCGCGUGCGUGUUUAGUGCGUGCGGUAAUAGUGUGAUUACUAUCACCUCUCCGCAACUUACUUGUCAACACCGCCGAUGAUACCUCAUUGAAACCUAAGAAGUACAUCAAAACAGGUGUUUGGUUCGCGUUUGUCGUCAUCGUAUAAUCGUCGUGUCGGUUUUGUAGGUUUACCUAUAUUUUAUCAGCUUUAAUUGUCUAAUCAAAAAUCACUCGCACGUAAUGUCUAUGCGUAGUAAUAAAUUCACCCACGGUAACAAUAACAACAACAACAAUAGCAACGGCAAUAAUAAUACCUUUGCUGCUCAAAUUCCCCUACAACAAUAUCUCCAACACCAGCAACAACAACAACACCAUCAACAACUUCAACAACAACUUCAACAACAAUUCCAACAACAAUCCCAACAACAACAGCAACAACAACAACAACAAUUACAACAAAACCAACAACAUGUCAUCCAAAAUAGCCGCAAUAAUUUAGCCAAUUUAGUUGCUGCCAUAAACAAUGAAAACUGUUAUCAAUUAUCGCCAAACUUUUCCGAUACGCACAAACAACAUCAAUUUCAAUAUAUUGGUUCGGGUGGGAAUCAAUACGUUCCACAAAAUUCGGUCGUGGAGUUGAGUUCACCAGUUACCGAUCCAGAAGAUCAAUCAUCACAGCAGGUGUGUGUUGUUGCCAAAAUGCAGAAAUCUGUUACUAUCACUGUUACACCACAGCGUAGUAAUUCAUUGGAUGUUUUAAAUUUUGAGGAGAAACGUCAGCUGAUUGCGUCAUCGUUGUCAUUAUCGGAUAUUUUGCAAUGUGGACCAGCAGCGGCAGCUGCUGCCGCAGCUAAGGAAGUUGCAGCUAAUACUGUUAUUGUUGCAAAAAAACAAAAUGGUGCUGCAAUUCGAACAAACAGUUUGGGUUCCGGUACACGUACACCGCCUCUGGAGAGAAAAAGCAAGCUAAGUGCAUUGGGAAGAUUUUUCAAACCUUGGAAAUGGCGGCGAAAAAAGAAAAGUGAAAAAUUUGAAGCUGCCUCAAAGUCGCUUGAGAGAAAAAUUUCAGUACGUGCCAAUAGGGAGGAACUUGUCCAAAAAGGUAUCCUGCUACCAGAGAGUCCAUUGGGUAAUAUACCCGAACCAGGUGAAGAAUCCUACUACAACCAAUCAUCCAAUGUCAACGGUUCUGUCCAUAAUAAUUCAACGAUACAAAAUAAUUCCAUUACAACAACUACCACUGGUACAGCUGGUACAAUUAUAUCCCAAUUGCAACAACAUCAUCAACAACAACAACAACAGCAACAACAACAACAGGCAAAUGUGCCUUCGUCACAUUCUGUACAGCAAUUCAAUUCAAAUUCCAUUGCAAAUCACAACAACAAUCACAACAGUCAUCAGAAUAAUAAUUCUGGAAUCGGUGGUUUAGGCGGUGGUGGUGGAGGUGGCGGUGGUGGCGGUGGAGGAGGAGGCGGAGGUGGUGGUGGAGGCGGCAAUGUAAAUAACAGUCUAGGUGUUAAUUCAUCAGUAUCACAUUCCCAGUCGGCACCGCAUCAAUUGGGUCAACCACCACCAUUAACUCCAUUGGCACAACAUCACCAAGCAUUGGCAGCACAGUUGCAAAAACAUUUCGCCAACAACAGUAUCGGUAAGCUAAUUGCUAAUACCGAUGAUGAUAAUAACGAACCCAGAAAAGACAAGACUGAUGCACCAAUCGGUGGUAAUGGCACACUAUCACCCAGCACUGAACAGCCAUCAUGUCAAGGCUCAAUGUUACCCCCGCCAGGAGGUGGUGUCGGCGGCAGUGGUGGUGGAGGAGGCGGCGGCAUGAAUUCAAAUAUGGGUAGCGGUUGUGGCGGUCAAAUGGAUUCGCACCAGAAUUCCAGAAUGGAACGUCCAAAUACAUUGGGGACAAACAAAUCCAAUCGGCGACGAGUCAACUUGUAUUACCGCACUGACCAUUAUCCUGAAGGCGGUGGCCCACCAGGAAGUACACCACCUCCGUACACAGGUGAUGGUCAUCAUAAACUUCCAGGGCAUAUUUUAUUGUCUGACCUUCCAGAGCCUCCAAUACCAUUGUCGGAAAUUGGACCCAUCCCACCACCACCGAUGUUUUCAACGCCAAGUCCAACGUUGAUAGCUGGACGACCACAUGGACCGGGAGCUGUUAACGAUCAGGAUUAUCAGGAUUAUGACUAUGAUCCCGAUAAUGAUCAAGAUGAACUUGAUUCGGAAGAUGAAUAUGCAUUCCAACUGCAACAACCAAAUCAAAAUAUUGACACAUGUCGUAUUGAGGAAAUUCCAGCCAAAGAGCCCAGACCAAAUGCAGUUCCUCUUAAAUCCGCAUUGAAAAAGAAGCCUGGCCAAUCAAAUUCAUCACCUGGUACACCAACUCAAGAACAAGCUAAUAAUCCUGGCGGUAGUUCAUCAGGGUCUGGCGGUGGUAAUUCAGGUGGAGGCGAAAGAGGAAGUGGUAGUGGUAAUAAUGGUGGUUCAUCAUCAUCAUCAUCAUCGGCGAAUCAGAGGCCAUUGAUUGUGAGGCAGGAGGCUAAUAACUAUUCAUUAAAACCAAUUCUACGGCCUCGGGUUAGGAUAUGUAGGCUCAAUAUACCAUGCCAAGUAGAGAACAAGGAAAACACUCGACCAAUUGUGAUAAACGAGAAUAGUGAUAGUGACGAAGGUGAUGGCAGAAUUCUCUACCGGGGCAGCGACGACAAUGAUCGUCAGGCAAAAAUCGCCCGAAGAGAAAGUUUAUCACUGAAAUUACAACUGCGACCGGACAAACAGGAUCUAAUCAAUCGGAAUAUCCUGCACCAGGUGACAGACAACGAGAUCAAAGAAUCCAAGGAAGCAAUCGGUGCUAGACUUAUACGUCGGCUAUCGAUGCGUCCGACUGCCGAGGAAUUGGUGGAAAGGAAUAUUCUAAAGAGUAAAUCACAAUCACCCGCCGAAGAGAAGAAACAAAAAGAAGAAAAGAAGAGCUAUUUGCUGCGGAAAUUAAGUUUUCGGCCCACUGUCGAAGAACUCAAAGAGAAGAAAAUCAUUCGGUUUAAUGAUUAUAUCGAGGUGACACAGGCGCACGACUAUGAUCGAAGGGCCGAUAAGCCAUGGACAAGACUGACGCCUAAAGACAAGGCUGCCAUACGGAAGGAAUUGAAUGAGUUUAAAUCAUCAGAGAUGGCAGUGCACGAGGGCAGUCGGCAUUUAACGAGGUUCCAUAGGCCAUGACAGUUGCAAUGGGAAAAAGAUUAUUACAAUUUUGUUAAUGUUCAAAUUAACAAUUCACAAAUAGUAAUUAAUAAAAUCAACUAUAACAACAACAAAAACCAUAACAAAUGCAACAACAAUAUAAAAAAUGUCAUCGCCAAUAAUACCGCCGCCGCCACCGCAGCUCCUGAUUUAACUACAAAUCCAACAACUUUAAUAAUAAUAAAAAAAUCAACAAACAACAAAACAACAACAACAACAAAUAAAGCAGUAGAAAUUGUAGCAGCUGAAGCAUCAGUUAAUGUAGAAAAUAUCAACAUCAAUGUCAUCAUUAACAAAUAUUUAAAACUAUCAUCAUUAGAAGAACUACAACAAAAACAACAGCAACAAAAUGGGUUUCAAUUACCAAUUCAUCAACAACAUCAAUUAUUACAACUAAAACCAGAUCAACUACAAAAACAACAACAUCCAUGUUUCGUUGUCGAAUCAAAUAUUCUUAAAAUAUUCAUAAUUUUCUAUCAAUUUUUAAUUAAUUAUUUAAAUAAUUAUUAUUAUAAUUAUAAUUUAUAUUUUCAUCAAAAAAUGAAAACUAUAAAAAUAAUUUAAAUAUUAUUUUGGUUAAUAAAUAUUAUUUGACAUCAAUGCAAUUACUAUUGCAAAAGUAUA